GCUGACAAGGAUGGCCGUUAUCCGAUUCAUAUUGCUGUUGCAUCGUUGAGCAAAACCAACGUAGAUGUUUUUGUCGAGCCUCUCGAAUGGUUUAUAAAAAAUGGAACUGGAUUAUACAUGAGGGAUAAAAAUGGCUGUCUGCCGCUUCACUACUGUUUUAUAUCGCUGGAGCGGGAUGUGUUUGCGAGAAUGACCAUUGAUCCUGUUGCGGUGUUAUCCAUUCUACUGGAUGCAAUGCAAACCGGUGUUGGUAUUGACACUGCGGAUAAUGAGGGUUACACAGCGCUGCAUUAUUCGGCAUUGUUCGGUGCAAAUAUUUGUGCAGUGACGCUGCUGCAGACGGGUGCUUGCCUAAAUUCCGAGAACUCCGAUGGUAAUACGCCUCUGGCACUAGCUGUUUUGCGGAAACAUGAGGCGUGCGCGCUGACCCUGGUCCAGUCAAAAUGCAACGUUAACAGCAAAGUUCAUUUGGUGAAGCGAAAGAAAAAGCAGAAGAAUCCGCCGGAGAGUAAUGCAUGGGUUUGGAUUCCAAGACGACGUGCUCCAGAGGAGGCUGAACCGCCGGAAACAAUCCCAAAUUUAAUUGUUCGCAACGAAUGGCAAGGAAUCGUUUAUGUGUUGCUAAAUAUACUCAGUAAAAACGUGACAACAGUAGGCAGUUUGCUGCGUGCCGCACUUCAGUACAGAAAGUAUAAUUUGGCGCAAACUUUACUCGGAAUGUUUCGCACUCUUUUGCAAGGUGAGUCGGCGGCACAAACUACAUCUCUUCUGGAGGAGCUCGAUUUAUUUUACGUUUUUGCCGCAAAUCUGGAAUCAGAUGCAGUCAGUGAAAGCGUUUCCAAAGCUUUGAAUGGUCUCUUCUCGCUAGGUUGCAAAUGGUAUAGAAAAGAGAACGAUGGACGCCAUCGAAGCCGUGUUGUGGAGCUUCUGGCAUCCAAUGGACACUUCCAGUUUAUGAAAGCACUCUACGAUUUAGACCAGAAAUCACCGGAACCUUUUUGGGACUCGAUUUAUUACGAACCAAAUAACAGGCCAAGUAAAAAUAUCAAAUUUUGGUUGAAGCAUUUUGCUGCGAAAUUUGGCAUUAAUUCUUUGAUGCUGUAUCAGCGUCCAGCAUUCUACGGGAUGACACCAUGUUUGCCGAGACAACCAGUACCGGAAUUUUGCCAGGAGACUCCAUUAAUUCGGGCAAUACAGUGCAGCCAGAUUGCUCUCGUCAGGUUUCUUUUGCAAGAGGCAGAUUUGCAGACGGACGUCAAUAAGCCAGAUGAAUUUGGCAUUACUCCGCUGAUGCAUGCAUGCAUGAUCAAUUCGGAUAAAAUUGUCCAGCUGUUGUUCGAUCCCGUUGCGUUCCAGUCCCAAAAUGAUGGUGCAGAGCAAAGUGAUACUGCAAAUCCUGAGAACAAGCGAAAAGCUGUAACGCGAAAAUUUGUACUGAAGACGAAUUUGGAUCCAUGCAGACAGUCUGUCAUAUCUGAACGUCUGGCGUUCGGUGGCGGAAAAGUGAAAAGUUUCAUGCAUUUCAUGUUGGAGCCGUGCGGCUGGGAGAACGUGAAUUUGCUUGAAGCAAUCUGUCGUAGCUUUCCAGCAGCUAAAAAUUUGAUUGCACCAUCUGAACGGCAACGAAAAGGUAAUCAGGGAUCUUUCUGA